UUAUAUUUCAGAGACCAACAGCAAGUUUUCACUGAGAAGGCCAUGGACUUGCUGAGCCCUCUUUCACUACUUUUAGUCAGUCUACACAACAAAAGUAAAAGUUGGAUUGAUGCCUUGGAGGACUGCCAGAGGGAUCAUUUCUCCCUGGUUGAGAUCUGCGAAAAGAAAGUAAGGGAUGAUGUGAAAAGACUGCAAAAUAAAACAGACUCAAAGACGGGGGUGUGGAUUGGACUGCAAAGGUCCAUUUUUGGCUACAGACCUGAGUGGAAGUGGAUUUCAGGGUAUAAUGUUGUAAAAUCACAGUUGAAUAGAACUUCGUCCACCAACUCUGACUUUGACAACCACUGUGGAAAAGUCAUCUUUGAUAAUAAGACAGAAGAAAUCAAGUGGUCCAACGCCGACUGCCAUGAAAAAUUACCAUACAUUUGUCAAAGAAUGAAUGAAAAGCCCUGUACUGAUGAAUAUACAGAGAAGUCAGGUAUAUCUACCAAAAUGUUUUCUAGCCCGUAG